AUGGAGAAGAGACCAGGGUCACCUACAGAGAGCUGUGUGACCAUGAGGAGUGACAAGUCCAAGGGCCACCCACCUGAGUUCAAAGAUGCUGAGGCUUGCCCAGAGCUAAGAUCAGAGUGUGACAGUUGUGCGAUAGGUUACAAUUCUAACGGCUUACUGUAUGUUUCAUCCUUUAUCUCCAGAGAGCAAGAGAGGACAUGUAAACAAGACACCAGUGGUCCAGAUAAGCAACAGGAUUUACCUCAUAUUUUUGAGGUGCUCGAGGAGAAGAUCGUCACCUUUUUAAAGAAUGAGCUACAGAGAUUGAAGCAGAUUCUUAGUCCAGACUACAAAGAAAACAUUGAGAAUAAAGCAGAGGAUGUGAGUGAUGCCAGAGAUGGAGCUCUCAAGAUGGCACUGCACUUUCUCCGUAAGAUGGAGCACCAGGACCUUGCAGAUGAACUGAAUGACAACGAGAUGAAUGUAGGUUGUCGGAAGGAUUUAAAAAGAAAUCUCAAGAACAAGUACCAGAGUGUGUUCGAAGGGAUAGCCAAACAGGGAAGUUCUGUUCUGCUGGAAAAAAUCUACACAGAUCUCUACAUCACUGAGGGAGAAAGUGGGAAAGUCAAUGAGGAGCAUGAGGUCAGGCAGAUUGAGUACAGAUCCAAGAAACCAGCUGAACAGGACAGACCAAUCAAAUGCGUUGACAUCUUCAAGCCUUCAUCAAUUCAGAACAAGCCAAUCAGAAGAGUUCUCACAAAGGGGGUGGCUGGCAUCGGCAAAACUAUCUCUGUGCAAAAGUACGUCCUGGACUGGGCUGAAGGAAAUGACAACCAAGAGAUCAAUUUCAUCUUCCCACUGUGCUUUCGGGAGCUUAACAUCAUGAAAGAAAAUGAGUAUUCUUUAAUGGAUCUUCUUCACCACUUCUUUCCAGAGCUAAAGGAAUUCAAAUAUUUCAACCAGAAAAAGUAUCAAGUGCUGUUUGUCCUUGAUGGUCUGGAUGAGUGUCGACUUCAACUUGAAUUUCAGGGAAAUGAGAGUUUGACUGACAUGCGAGCUGUCAAAUCAUUGGAUGUCAUCUUGACAAAUCUCAUCAAGGGUAAUCUGUUUCCCUCUGCUCUACUAUGGAUAACCUCUCGACCAGCAGCAGCCGGCAGAAUCCCUCCUGAGUGUGUUGAUCUGGUGACAGAAGUGCAAGGGUUCAAUGACUCCCAAAAGGAAGAGUAUUUCAGGAAGAGGAUCAGUGAUGAAAGCUGUGCAAGCAGAAUCAUUUCACACAUUAAAUCAUCCAGGAGCCUCCACAUCAUGUGCCACAUACCUGUGUUCUGCUGGAUUGCUGCUAUGGUUCUUCAGGAGAUUUAUUCCACAGGACACACACAGAUACCAAAGACUUUGACAGAGAUGUACACAUUUUUCCUCAUGUUUCAAACUAGACAGAGAAGCGCCAAAUUUGACAAUCUCCAAGACCCUGAGCCACAAUGGAACCAAGAGCUAAUCAUGCGUCUUGGAAAGCUGGCCUAUGAACAGUUAGAGAAGGGCAACCUGAUCUUUUAUGAAGAAGACCUCAGAGAAUGUGACAUUGAUGUCAAAGAGGCAACAAUAUGCUCUGGGAUGUGCACUCAGAUCUUCAGAGAAGAAUCCGGCAUCUUUCUAGGAACAGUGUUCUGCUUUGUGCAUCUCAGUAUCCAGGAGUAUCUUGCCGCUCUUUAUGCAUUUCUGAUGAUGGCGAAUGAAGGUAAUGACGUAAUAUCCCUACAGCGUGCCCAUCUAAAAACAGAGUCCAUGACCAUCUUGCAGGAGAGUGCUGUGGACAAAGCUUUGGCCUAUGAUGAUGGACGAUUUGACCUCUUCCUUCGCUUCCUUUUUGGCCUCUCCCUGGAGUCAAAUCAGACUCUCCUGCAUGGUCUGGUGAGUAGAAGACAAGUAGGCUUUAUGGACAAGAUCAGGGCGUUUUUUGGCCAGGCUGGCAAUGAUAAACCAAGCCAGUACAUUAAGGAUAAGAUCAGGGAGGCCCCUUCCUCAGAAAGGAUGAUCAACCUCUUCCACUGUCUGAAUGAACUCAAUGACCACUCCUUAGUGGAGGAGAUCCAGAGCUUCCUUAGUGCAGGGACACUUUCUGAAGCCCAGCUCUCACCUGGCCAGUGGUCAGCUCUAGUGUUUGUGCUGCUGACAUCAGACCAGAAUCUGGAUGUGUUUGACCUGAAGAAGUUCAUCAGGUCUGAUGAAGCUCUCCUGAGGCUGAAGCCAGUAGUGGAGGAAUCCAACACAACCCUGCUUGAUAGCUGUGGACUCACCUCACAGAGCUGCACAACACUAGCGUCCAUCCUCUGCAGAGAAUCAUCAAAGCUCAGAAAACUGGUUCUCAGUGGCAACUGCAUCGAAGAUAUUGGAGUCAACAAUCUGUGCAGUGGCCUGAAGAACCCAAUCUGUGCCCUGGAGACUCUGAGCUUGUCAGGCUGUGGUGUAACAGGAGAAGGAUAUGCUGCUCUGGCCGCAGCUCUCAAAUCAAACCCUUCACACCUGGAGGAGCUGGACCUGAGAGGAAACGACCCUGGAGACUCUGGAGUGGAGCUCCUCACUUCAGCACUGACCAAUCAGAAGUGCAAACUCAGGCUGUUGUCUGAUGAAGCAGAGAGAGCCUGUGAGUAUCUGACUUCAGUUCUGGGUGGAAACCCCUUACUCCUGAGAGAGCUGGACCUGAGUGGGAAGAUACCAGGAGACUCAGGAGUGAAGCAGCUCUGUGCUCUACUGGAGGAUUCACACUGCAGAGUCAAGACACUGAAGCUUGAUAGCUGUGGACUCACCUCACAGAGCUGCACAACACUAGCGUCCAUCCUCUGCAAAGAAUCAUCAAAGCUCAGAAAACUGGAUCUCAGUGACAACUGCAUCGGAGACAUUGGAGUCAAGAAUCUGUGCAGUGGCCUGAAGAACCCAAACUGUGCCCUGGAGACUCUGAGUUUGUCAGGCUGUGGUGUAACAGGAGAAGGAUAUGCUGCUCUGGCCUCAGCUCUCAAAUCAAACCCUUCACACCUGGAGGAGCUGGACCUGAGAGGAAAUGACCCUGGAGACUCUGGAGUGAAGCUCCUCACUUCAGCACUGACCAAUCAGAAAUGCAAACUCAGGUGA